AUGGAGGCUUCUCAAGAACCUCAACACCUUCCAAACUACAUGAAAGAUGACAACGUUAGCCAAGAAACCAAGAAGUUGAUAUCUUCACUUCCCUCAGACAAAGAUUUCAUGGGUUACAAUCUCUACAACUACAAAGGCUGUUGGUACUAUCCCAACACACUCCAAGCCGUUCUUGACGUCCAAGACCAUUUCAGGCCACGAGAGAACGAUAUAAUCCUUGCUUCUUUGCCCAAAGGUGGUACCACUUGGCUCAAAUCUCUAGUUUUCGCCGUUUUACAUAGAGAAAAAUACCUUGAAAAUCCCCAAACAACUCAUCCUCUACUCUCACAAAACCCUCAUGACCUAGUCCCGUUUCUUGAGAUUGAGCUAUACGCUAGUAGUCAAACUCCGGAUCUCACAAAGUUUCCUUCUCCUAUGAUCUUUUCUACACACAUGCACUUAAAUACAUUGCGUGAAGCUACCAAAAAGUCUUCUUCCUCACCAUGCAAAGUCGUCUACGUGUGUAGAGGUCUCAAAGAUACGUUUGUCUCCGGUUGGCAUUACAAGAACAAGUUGCAUCGCACCGAGAUGGAUCAAGCUAGUUUUGAGCUCUUGUUUGAUUCUUACUGUAGGGGAGUUACCUUGUACGGACCCUAUUGGGAACAAAUGUUGAGCUACUGGAAAGGGAGCUUAGAAGACAAGGAGAAUGUUCUAUUUAUGAGGUAUGAAGAGAUCGUUGAGGAGCCUCUUAUUCAAGUCAAGAGGCUCGCUGGGUUCUUGAAUUGCCCGUUCACCAAGGAGGAAGAAGAGGGGGGUUCGGUGGAGAAGAUCUUGAAGCUGUGUAGUUUGCGUAACUUGAGCAACUUGGAGACUAACAAGAACGGGACUACGAGAAUUGGUAUAGAUUCUAAUGUGUUCUUCAGGAAAGGUGAAGUUGGUGAUUGGAAGAAUCAUCUCACUCCUCAAAUGGCUAAAAGGUUCGACGACAUUGUUGAAGGUAGACUACAAGGUUCGGGUUUGACAUUUCAAUAA